AAUGUCAAAUUCUAUUUGUACAGGAGAAACGUCAAAACGUAAACAAAAUAUCGCAGUUUUCUUUUUGUUGAGAAUACCAAUUUGCUUGAAGAAGAGAGAAUUUGAUUUUUUGAAACAAAAACUUUCCGGGAAAAAAUCAUGGCAUCAAGCUACUAUUUUGCCAUUGUUGGACAUCAUGACAAUCCAAUUUUUGAAACUGAAUUCAUUAGCAGCAAAGAGCCAAAGAAAGAAGAUCAUCGUCACUUGAAUCAGUUUAUCGCCCAUGCAGCACUCGAUUUGGUUGAUGAGCACAAAUGGAAGACGAAUAACAUGUAUUUGAAAUCGAUUGAUAAGUUCAAUCAAUGGUUUGUGUCUGCAUUCGUAACAGCAAGUCAAAUUCGUUUCAUUGUUGUGCACGACAAUCGAAACGACGAAGGAAUCAAAAACUUUUUCAAUGAUGUCUACGAAGUUUAUCUGAAACAUUCAUUAAAUCCGUUCUACACACAUAAUACGGCGAUCAAGUCACAGCAAUUUGAGCGCAAGGUUCAAACUUAUGGCAAAAAAUACUUGAUAUCAUGAAGUUAAAUUAUCGUUGUGUAUUGAUAUUAUAUGAAAUUCUCUAUUGAAAAGAAUUUUGUUAAAAAAUUUCCAUUAAAACUAUAAGAAAUAAAAUGAAAAUUACGGAAAAAAGA